AUGGCGUCCAUCAUGGAGGGGCCGCUGAGCAAAUGGACUAACGUGAUGAAGGGCUGGCAGUACCGUUGGUUCGUGCUGGACUACAACGCGGGGCUGCUCUCCUACUACACGUCCAAGGACAAAAUGAUGAGAGGCUCUCGCCGAGGAUGUGUUAGACUCAGAGGAGCUGUGAUUGGUAUAGACGAUGAGGACGACAGCACCUUCACAAUAACUGUUGAUCAGAAAACCUUCCAUUUCCAGGCUCGUGAUGCUGAUGAGCGAGAGAAGUGGAUCCAUGCCUUAGAAGAAACUAUUCUUCGGCAUACUCUUCAGCUUCAAGGUUUGGAUUCAGGAUUUGUUCCUAGCGUCCAAGACUUUGAUAAGAAACUUACAGAGGCUGAUGCUUACCUGCAAAUCUUGAUAGAACAAUUAAAGCUUUUUGAUGACAAACUUCAAAACUGCAAAGAUGAUGAACAGAGAAAGAAAAUUGAAACUCUCAAAGAGACAACAAAUAGCAUGGUAGAAUCAAUUAAACACUGCAUUGUGUUGCUGCAGAUUGCUAAAAGUACUAUUAAUCCUGUAGAUGCAAUAUAUCAACCUAGUCCCUUGGAACCUGUGAUCAACACAAUGCCUUCCCAGUCUGUCUUACCUCCAGAAUCUGCUCAGUUGUGUAAAUCAGAGCAGCGUCCAUCUUCCCUACCAGUUGGACCUGUAUUAGCUACCUUGGGACAUCAUCAGACUCCAACACCAAAUAGUACAGGCAGUGGGCACUCACCACCUAGUAGCAGUCUCACUUCUCCAAGCCAUGUCAACUUGUCUCCAAAUACAGUCCCGGAGUUCUCUUAUUCUAGCAGUGAAGAUGAAUUCUAUGAUGCUGAUGAAUUUCAUCAAAGUGGCUCAUCCCCAAAGCGCUUGAUAGAUUCCUCUGGAUCUGCUUCAGUCUUGACCCACAGUAGCUCAGGAAAUAGUCUAAAGCGUCCAGAUACCACAGAAUCACUUAAUUCUUCCAUGUCCAAUGGAACAAGUGAUGCUGAUCUUUUCGAUUCCUAUGACGACAGAGAUGAUGAAGGGGAGGCGGGAUCGGUGGAAGAGCACAAGAGCGUUAUCAUGCAUCUCUUGUCACAGGUUAGGCUUGGAAUGGAUCUUACUAAGGUAGUUCUUCCAACAUUUAUUCUUGAAAGAAGAUCUCUUUUAGAAAUGUAUGCAGACUUUUUUGCACAUCCGGACCUGUUUGUGAGCAUUAGUGACCAAAAGGAUGCCAGAGACCGAAUGGUUCAGGUUGUGAAAUGGUACCUCUCAGCCUUCCAUGCGGGAAGGAGAGGAUCGGUUGCCAAAAAACCAUACAACCCUAUUUUGGGCGAGAUCUUUCAGUGUCACUGGACAUUACCAAAUGAUACUGAAGAGAACACGGAGCUAGUUUCUGAAGGACCAGUUCCCGGGGUUUCCAAAAACAGUGUAACAUUCGUGGCUGAGCAAGUUUCCCAUCAUCCACCCAUUUCAGCCUUUUAUGCUGAGUGUUUUAACAAGAAGAUACAAUUCAAUGCUCAUAUCUGGACCAAAUCAAAAUUCCUCGGAAUGUCAAUUGGGGUGCACAACAUAGGGCAGGGGUGUGUCUCGUGUCUAGACCAUGAUGAACAUUACAUCCUCACAUUCCCCAACGGUUAUGGAAGGUCUAUCCUCACAGUGCCCUGGGUGGAACUAGGUGGAGAAUGCAAUAUUAAUUGUUCCAAAACUGGCUAUAGUGCAAAUAUUGUCUUCCACACGAAACCUUUCUACGGCGGCAAGAAGCACAGGAUUACUGCUGAGAUUUUUUCUCCAAAUGACAAGAAGUCCUUUUGUUCAAUUGAAGGGGAAUGGAAUGGUGUCAUGUAUGCAAAAUAUGCAACAGGGGAAAAUGCAGUUUUUAUAGAUACCAAGAAGUUGCCUAUAAUCAAGAAGAAAGUGAGAAAGUUGGAAGAUCAGAAUGAGUAUGAAUCCCGCUGCCUUUGGAAGGAUGUUACUUUCAACUUAAAAAUCAGAGAUAUUGAUGCAGCAACUGAAGCCAAGCAUAGACUUGAAGAAAGACAAAGAGCCGAAGCCCGAGAAAGGAAGGAGAAGGAAAUUCAAUGGGAGACGAGGUUAUUUCACGAAGAUGGAGAAUGUUGGGUUUACGAUGAACCAUUACUGAAACGUCUUGGUGCUGCCAAGCAUUAG